UUUUUUUUUCCUGACAUUUGUGACACUUGUGUGUUUAUCAAAUAAUUAGUAGAAUUUAAGUAAAUUAUUAUAAACAAUAUCAACAACUUGUCAAUACAAAUGAAUUAUCAAAAGAACUUCAAAUAAUUCUAGCAAAAAAUAAUAUUGUCAAACGAAUGACAAGUUAAUUAUUUUUUCGAAGCAAGAAAAGUUAAAAAAAAAAAAAUACUGAUAAGGUAAAUGAAAUAUUAAUAAUGAUAAGAGAUAUCACACCAACAUCCUCUUAUAAUUUUAUAUAUUUUAGAAAAAAAGAAAUGACAUGUAUCAAACGUGAAUGUUGUUAUUCAAAUUAUUCAUUUGACAAGUUAGCCAUUGAAAAAAAUGACAACUAAUUGCUGAUAAAUAUCAAAAAUAAUUAUAAAUAAUUUACUAAACAAAAUCAGGAUUAGAAUAUCAAUCAAAAAAGCCAUAAAAUGUCAAAAACAGAUUACAAUAAACUUCAUCCAGAGGAUGUCAAAGACAAUCCACCAAUAAAAUUAUUAUGUUUUGAUUUGACAAAUUGCAAUGAUAAAUCUCGUUUUAUCUUGUGUUCAAUUGGAAUAUUUGUUUUUUAUAUUCUCUAUGGAUAUCUUCAGGAGCUAAUAUUUAGUCUGGAUGGAUUUAAACCUUAUAUUUGGUAUAUGACACUAAUACAAUUUGGAUACUACACAUUAUUUGGAUAUCUUGAAUGUAAAUUAAAAGGUAUAACACGAACAAUACCAUUAUCAACAUAUAUGUUUUUAGCAUUUUUAACAUUGGGAACAAUGGGUUUUUCAAAUUCAUCACUUGGCUAUCUCAAUUAUCCAACACAGGUAAUAUUUAAAAGCUGUAAAUUAAUACCAGUAUUACUUGGUGGUAUAUUAAUACAAAAAAAAAAAUAUGGUACAUUAGAUUUCAUUGCUGCUGGUUUACUUUGUAUUGGUCUUGCAAUGUUUACACUAGCUGAUAGUAUGAUAUCACCACGUUUCAGUAUUAAUGGUGUUAUUAUGAUAUCAUGUGCAUUAUUAUGUGAUGCUGCUAUUGGUAAUGUUCAAGAAAAAACAAUGAAACAAUAUAAAGCAACAAAUACUGAAGUUGUUUUGUGGUCUUACAGUAUUGGUUUUAUGUAUUUAUUUGUUAUAUUAUUAGUCACUGGAGAAAUGGAAAAAAGUAUUGCUUUUUGUUCAAAUUAUCCAUUGGAGACUUAUGGUUAUGGACUUUUAUUUUCAGUAAGUGGAUAUUUAGGAAUACAAAUUGUUUUGACAAUGGUACAAAGUAAUGGUGCAUUUGUUGCUGUUACUGUUACAACAUGCAGAAAAGCAAUAACAAUAUUACUUAGUUUUUUAUUUUUUUAUAAACCAUUUACAAUGCAAUAUUUGUGGUCAGGUAUUGUUGUUAUUUUAGGUAUUUAUUUAAAUAUAUUGAGCAAACAAAGAGGUAGUAAAUUUGAAUUAAAAAGUAUAUGGUUGUAUGUUAAACGAUGCUGGAUAAGACAUAAUCAAAUUCAACGACAAUUAAUGACAAGUGUGUAAUUUAACAAUGAGCAUAUUAAAUAUAUUAAUAAUAAUUUAGACAAUUCUUUAUUUUUUUUAUUUUAUCAUUUCCUUUUUGGAAUGGUAUUUUUUAUUUAUUCAAUUGAUGAUGAAUAUUACAUUAAAUAUUGAGCUAAUUCUAUUAUAAUCGACUAUAAAAAGAAGAAAAAAAA